AUGUCCGCAACCUCGUCCCGAAUGUCUGUGCGAUGCGAUAGUGAAGCCGCAGCCCGGCAACCAAUAGCAGCUAGAACUCGUCGUGCAGCUGUACCAGUUGCGGCGGCCGAGGACUCUAGCCAAGUUAUAGGUCCUACAGCUGGCAUUCAUGCGGUUCCCUUACCCAUACGUCGGUCCAAACAUAACACUCCGCCUAGGAGGAACGGGCCGUAUGGUGGGAACCCCGUUGAGCGGGGGAAGGCAGGAGUGUGGUCAGAAAAGGAGGAAAACGAGCUAAGGCGAUUAGUCCCAAGCAAUGUCAAACCCUCAGGUACGAUAUCUUGGGACGACGUCGUGAGAGCUUGGUUAAAUCUGAAUCUGCCACCAAGGACUAAGGCAAGCCUUAGCAGCAAGUGGCAGAGUAUUAAGAACAAACCUGCCACAGUGAUCACAGAUCCGUCUUCUACGGGAAGGAAGACUGAGUUGCGUUCGAAAGUCAGUACUGUACCAUCUGACACUACUGUUGAUGUCAUUGACGCCGGUAGUAACAGUAUUGAUGUAAAUCCUACAGUCGAAGGAAAACCGGGUCAGUGCGAACCGGCUGAUCCGGCUGAAGACGUUGUAGAGGCAACCUUCAGGAUGGAAUAUAAAAAGGCACAGAAAAUAGGCUGCCGGAUGACGUUGAGAAAACCGCCCAAUAGAGUCUCCGGCAGACAUAUAAAACCUAUUAUCUGCAUAGUAGAUCGACUGAUCAAAAGGGAGUUGGAAAAGGAAGUCCGUCGAGUAUCUUGGAAUACAUUGUCAAAUCUAGUUUUUGCUGGUGCGGCAACAGUAUCCAAGAUAGGAAACGGAAAGAGUCGAGAAAAGUAA